AUUAAAAUGGCUAACGUUGCUUUCUUGGAUCCUUUAAAGAAUGAACCAAAUCUUUAAACUGCAUAAGAUGUUGAUGAUUAUAUAAAUACAUUAACUUAACAUUAAAAUGCAUGUGAAAAGUAAUAAAAAUACAUGGAGGCUGAAGAUGCAAGGAAAAGAAUAAUUGAACUGAGAAAGCAACUUAUUACAAAAAAAAAGAAAGAAUUAAUAGUUAAUUGGUAAAACUAGAAAGAAUAAGCUGACAGAGCAUAUAUGGAAGAAUAUAAUUAAUUCAAUUAGUUUUGGGAUAACAAGAUGUUAAAUUUCAAUGAAGAAGCAAAGUAAGUAGAAUAGGAAUUACAAAAUCGAUAGUAGAAUGAAUUGAAGUAAUUAUAAGAAGAGCUAGAGAGAACUACUCCUUAAAAACCUAAGGAAUCUUCGGAAGUGUUGAAUCUAAAGAAAAUAGAGGAACACUUGGCAAAACAAAAGAAGUACAAUUUAAUAUAAUAUAAGUUAUGUGGAAGCACAUGCUAUAUAGAAUAAACGUGCUUAGAUAGAAGAGGAAGAGCAAAAAAUAUAUACAAUAGCAAGAACUCAGAAAAUCAAAUCAUAAUUACAACAAUUAGAAUAGAGACACUUAAAUGAAUUGAGUGCUUUACAGUAAAGAAUUAAGGCAGGAUAGGAUGAGUUAAGAAAAAAUAGAAGCAUUGAUUUGGAAAGGUAAUAUAUAUUCAUUUAUAUACAGAUUGAUGCAAAAGUAUUAAAAUACAAAGAAAGAUUUAGAGUAAAAAGAAUAAAUGGACAUAUUAGCUUUUGAUGGAUAAUUUAAAACAAAAGGGUGUAGUAGUUAGAGUACUUAUAAAAGUGUGAUGAUGAUGGCUAAAAAAUGA